AUGUAUCGCCAGGUAUGGAUACAUCCUGAUCAUCAAUUUCAUCAAUUAAUCGUCUGGCGAAAGAAUCCAUCAGACGAACUCAAGUAUUAUCGACUGAAAACCGUAACAUACGGUACAACAUCAGCUCCAUUCCUAGCUACAAAAUGCUUGGAUUACUUGGCUGAGAAAACCAAAAAGAAUUUACCGCUUGGAGCAGCCGUGCUCAAGCAUGAUUUUUAUGUAAACGACUGUCUAACAGGAGCAAAUAGCAUCCCAGAAGCAGUUCAGAUUCAACAAGAGCUAAACAAAAUACUGCUACCAGCCGGAUUCAAGCUCCGAAAGUGGUGCUCCAACAAUGACGAAGUUCUCGCACAAAUCCCAAAGGAAGACAUAGUCAACCACGUCAAAUUAGACGAAACCCUUCAACACUACAGUGUGAAAACAUUGGGUUUAAUCUGGGUACCAAAUAAGGACCAGCUUUGUGGCCGAUCCCAAAAAAGUGAAGCAUCAACCAUCACCAAACGAGUGGUGAGCUCAGAGGCGUCACAAAUUUUCGAUCUACAAGGACUAUUCGCUCCUGUUGUGGUAAAGGCUAAGAUAUUCAUGCAAAACCUGUGGCAGCUGAAGAUGGGCUGGGACGACGAGCUUCCUCAACUUCUGCAAACUGAGUGGAAAAAUUAUCGUACUGAUUUACAAGCAUUGAACAAUCUACAAAUUCCACGGCACAUCUUUGACGGAAAGGUGCCCAUUAAUCAGGAAAUUCACACGUUUGUCGAUGCGUCAGAGCGGGCAUAUGGAGCAGCAAUCUAUGUCCGAGCCACAUAUAAGAGCAAUCAAGUAUCUGUUCGGCUACUGUGCUCAAAGUCAAGAGUAGCGCCGACAGCAAAAGAGACGCUGCCUCGCCUGGAAUUAUGCGCCGCAGUCUUGGGAGCGGAGCUAACCCACAGGGUGCGGAAGGAUUUACGCAUACCAAACGAUAAGACCAAUCUCAGUGGCGUCACGUGUCAUCAGCUAACAAGAGGAAUUGCCGCCAGCAAGUUAGCAGAACACAAUCUAUGGCUAUAUGGACCUCUAUUUUUACAUGGCUCUCGCGACAAGUGGGCUCAGGUACCAACUACCACCCCCAGCGAUCUAGAACGCAGGCUCAAUCACAUAAGCUUGCCAACAUGUCAAAGUGAAAUUGGCAGUGUACUCUACAAGUGCAACCACAGCAACUCCUUCAAUAAGCUACAACGUAUUGUAGCAUAUAUGAUGCGUUUCUGUAACAAGAAAAACAGAUCACCCACAACUACAUUGUGUGUCGGUGAGUUAACCAAUGCAAGGACCAUCAUCCUGCGGACUAUCCAGAAAAUUGAUUUUAGUGCUGAAUACAAACAACUCCGGAUCCACAAAACGGUGGACAAAAAGAGCUCGAUUGUCUCCCUAUGUCCUAUAAUCGGAAACGACGGACUGAUCAGAGUCGGAGGUAGAUUAGAAGAAUCUAGCCUUCCAUAUAACGCGAAGCAUCAAAUUUUGCGUCCAUACAACGAUCCACUUGUGAAAAUGCUACUGCGAGAGAUGCAUGAAGAGAACAUGCAUUGCGGGGCUCAAGCUCUAAGAGCCAUUGCCAGGCAACAAUAUUGGAUUCUCAAUGAUAAAACAAUGGCAAGAAGCAUAAUUCACAGCUGUGUCAGAUGUACAAAGGCACGGCCCAAGUUGAUGCAACAAAUCAUGGGCAACUUACCAGCUGACCGAGUAACACAAGCUCGGCCAUUCUUUAACUCUGGUGUUGACUACUGUGGACCGAUUUGGAUUCAUCACAAACUACGUGGAAAAAGACCUGAUAAGGCUUACAUUGCAGUCUUCUGCUGUUUCGCAACAAAUGCAGUUCAUCUGGAGUUAGUCAGUGACUUGACAACAGAUGCAUUUCUAGCCGCGCUUCGGCGAUUUUUGGGUCGACGCGGAAAAUGUCAGACUAUUCACUGUGACAACGCAACAAACUUUGUCGGUGCCAAUAAUCAAUUGAAGGCCCUAGAGGGAGCUAUAUUCACCGACAAGGCUCAAGAACAGAUUAUUAACCAUUGCAAUAAAAAGCAAGUGGAGUUUAAGUUCAUACCGCCCCUGGCACCAUCGUUUGGCGGGCUUUGGGAAGCUGCGGUGAAAUCUGCGAAGCGGCUGCUAGUAUCAGUCACAGCCACGGCUUCAUUAACAUUUGAGGAGCUCAACACCGUAAUCGUGGAAGUCGAAGCAAUACUCAAUUCCCGACCGCUGACACCGAUGUCAUCUGAUCCAACAGAUACAUCAGCUCUGACUCCUGGCCAUUUUUUGAUUGGUGAACCGUUGACCGCCGCUCCCGAUGCAAAUCUAGCCUCACCAGGGAAAACUUUGGUGAAAAGAUGGGAAUUGGUGUCCAGAUUAAAGCAAAUGUUCUGGGACCAAUGGUCUAUGGAGUAUCUACAAGAGCUUCAGAUGCGCAACAAGUGGAAAACCGCAUCACAAACCUGA